AUGUCAGAAGAGAAUGGUAAAGAAAACAUAUCAGAAAAAGUAGAAGCGCAAAACCCAACUGAACUAUCUUCAUCAUCAGAAGCUUUUAAACGUGAAAAAAAGAGUGAAAAUAAUGAAAGUGAAAAAACACAGGAGCAAACAAAUCCAGAACCAGUUGCUGAGAAUAGAGAAGCCACUCCAGCAGAAAAGAAUAAAGAUGAAGGCGAUGAUUCAGUUGAUAUUGCUCACUCAGAUUCUGAAAAAGAACCUCCACAACAUGCAGAUGAAACUAUUACAGUAGAAGACUCAGAUGAUAGUGAAGAAGGUUUAAUACCUGAUAAAAAUACAAAAUUUGCAGAUACAAACGAAUCCCCUCCAGUAAUGCAUCCAAGAGAGUCAAGAGGGGAGCUUAGAUCAGAAAUUAGCCGAAGCUUAGUACCAGAAAAAUCACAAACCUGUUUAUUAAUUUAA